AUGGCGGGCUUGAUGGAUGUCGACCGUACAAGGACGCGGAGGGAAAGGACUUUUGUUGGCGCCGAGUGUGCUGUUUGCGAGGAGCCAUUGGAACAUACCCUGCGUGGAGAACGUGUCUUGCAAUUCUCCUGUGCCCACGUGUCGCACGAAGCUUGUUUCUACGAAUACAUUAGAGAAUUUGAGGGCCAAUAUUGCCCUACCUGCGAUGCGCCUCUAGGCCUUGACACCAGCCGCGGAGGCAACGUUUUGGAUAUCGAAAAACUUAGCAACAUUGUGCGCUCUGUUACCAGCGAUGCUGCAACGGCAAGGAGUGGUUUGACCACCCCCACCCCCUGGGACCAGCAUACCACAAACACCGGUCGUCGAGCGCCUAGCGAUGCGGGAAGCCGGCCGUACACCACCCGCGACAGUCGGGACCCUUACGCCCGACGUGACAGCCGAGACACAGGUAUCAGUCAGCGUGAACGUGAACGUGUUGACCGGUUAACUACCGGCUCUCGUCAACACCAUUCUCGAAAUGGGAGUGCCGCUGGGUCAUCGGGUGAAUACAACGAUGCCCAGCAGCAGAGCAACGGCAGGCGACACGACUACGAUGUGCAAGCCAUGGAGUCGGAUCUGAGCCCCCGGCCCGGUUCCAUGAAAAACCCAAUUCCCGCCCCGACAGUAACCAUCCGAAGCGAAUUCCCUACUCUCAAUCGAUCUCGUCAGCAGCAAACGUUGACUUGCUUGAUUACGGUCGAAGUACCGGAAGGCAACUGGCGUCCGGAUUCGGACGAUUUGCGACAUGCCCCCACCGGCCCAUCGCAUCCUCAGGAGGAACCUUACGGUGUGAUGCGCCAGCCUACCCUGCGCGAGUCGUCUCAAUCCUUCCAGUACGAGCCCCAGGAGAACCUGGAUGAGAUUGCAGAAGAGCUGAGGAACAAGGUGGACAAUUGGCAUGGCCUGGAGUUCAAUCGAUUCGGAAAGCUCCGUCUCCAUGGACAAAUGCGCGUGGGCAAGGAUCGCGAGUCGUGGCAGGAGUUGGAAUGUUACCUAUUCGCGGAGAUGCUUAUCUGCGUCAAGGAGAAGAAGAACAGCGACCGUCACCACGACCACUACGAUGAGACCAAGCGCAAGCCCACCCGGUACACACUCAAGGGUUCUAUUCUGAUCAAGAAGCACUUGAAGGCCAUCGAGGGCACUCCAGAUGAACCUAUCCUCGCUCUGAACCUAUCCGUCAGCGAACUUCCUUGCUUCUUUCUACGAUUCCAGAACCGGAGCCAGUUGGAGCACUGGCGACGUGCUCUCAUCGAUCUCCACCCCGUUGACAACAUCUCCCGAAAUGCUGACUACGACGUGGACAACUCGGGCGCGGAGGAGGAUGAUUACCGGACGAGCAUGGUUAAGCGACAGGCGUCUCUGAACUCAUCUUACGGAGCCGCAAGAUCGAACAACACUGCCAUCACAGACUACACAAACGCCGGCCCCGAAAGCUUGACUGCAUCCACAAUCCACAUCCCUCUCGACAUUGUGGUCGUGAUCCCCGUCUCUUCGUCGAUGCAAGGCUUGAAGAUCACCCUUCUCCGCGACGCUCUGAAGUUCCUCGUCCAGAACCUGGGCCCGCGAGACCGCAUGGGCCUGGUCACUUUUGGCUCCAGUGGAGGCGGGGUUCCCCUUGUGGGAAUGACUACCAAGUCGUGGAACGGAUGGAACAAGAUCCUGAGCUCGAUCAGACCUGUUGGACAGAAGAGCCUGCGCGCCGAUGUCGUGGAAGGUGCAAACGUUGCUAUGGACCUUUUGAUGCAGCGAAAAUCCAACAACCCCAUCUCUACUAUCCUUUUGAUCAGCGACUCCUCCACCUCGGACCCGGAGAGCGUCGACUUUGUCGUGUCCCGGGCUGAAGCUGCCAAGGUUAGCAUUCACUCCUUUGGUCUUGGUUUGACACACAAACCGGACACUAUGAUUGAGCUUUCGACUCGUACCAAGGGAUCCUACCUUUACGUCAAGGAUUGGAUGAUGCUUCGGGAAUGUGUGGCUGGUUGCUUGGGUGCUCUGCAGACGACUUCGCACCAAAAUGUCAAGCUCAAGCUCCGACUGCCUGAAGGAUCUCCGGCCAAGUUCGUCAAGAUCAGUGGUGCUCUUCACACGACCAAGCGUGCCACUGGAAGGGAUGCGGAAGCCGCUCUCGGUGACCUGAGAUUCGGAGAUAAGCGCGAUGUGUUGGUCCAGCUGGUCAUUCAGCCUGACAACUCAACCCAGGAGAACAUGCCCCAGGAUCCCUGGGAGAGCCUUGUCUCCGGUUUGGAAGCCCUUGGCGGUGGAAUUGACGGCGACGAACCGCGUGUGUCCAGCGUUGAAGAAGUUCCACUGAUUCAAGCGGAUCUCACCUACGGAGAUCUUCUCCGGGACGGCCACCUGACCCAUUCCCCACGACCCUCGCUUCUCGCGAUCACGAUGCUUCCGCCCAACCCCCGGGCCAAGGGUGGACGACCCUCCACACCCCCUAUUCCUCCUCACCCCUCCAUUGUGCAGAGACGCAUGGAGCUGCUCACAUCGGACAUGCUGACCAGAGCUUUGACUCUGGUGUCUCGCGGACAGCAUGAUCGUGCCCAGCACCUCUUGGGCGAAACUCGCAGUAUCCUCAAGGGUCUGGGCAAAGGCGGCCUCCCACCUUUGCCGCCGAAUGCCCCCAAACCGUCGGGCGGCAGUGAUUCCGGCAGCCGAGGAGACACUCCCACCUCCUCGUCGCCCAAGUCUGCCAACUUCCCCGACAGCCACUCCUCCGCUGCGUCCGACACGGCAACCAUCACUCCUGUCGCGGCGGUGGAUUCGACGACCAUGGUCGCUCUCGAUGCAGACCUCCAGUCUGCAUUGGAGUGGAUCAACCAUCCCGCCGUAUUUGGGCGCGACUCGCGCAAGGCCGUGCUGCAGGGCAUCGGAGUGAUCUCCUCGCAACGCGCCUACACUUUCCGGACGCCGUCCGAAGCUCACUGGGCUCAGCGAGUGUCGGGAGUCCGCAACUUGACUGAGCGAUCCAAGGACUGGCGCGAAACCGGCGAUGAUGCAUUGACUGAAGAAUAA